AUGAAGAAGAGCAAGAAGAAAGCCCAGAAAGAGAAGAUAGAGAGCAGUUUGGAGGAACAGCUAUCAGAGAAGGGCUGCAGGGAGGAGAGCAUACCCUCUGGUUUCAAAGAUUCUGACCCCCAGCCCUCAAAGGUGAAGAAAAGAAAAGAAGACCAUGAAGAAGAGGGAGAAGAAAACCAGAAGGAGAGGAGAGAGAGCAGUUUGGAGAAACAGCUGCCAAAGAAGGGCUGCAGGGAGGAGAGCAUACCCUCUGGUUUCAAAGAUUCAGACCCCCAGCCCUCAAAGGUGAAGAAAAGAAGAAAAGAACAUGAAGAAGAGGGAGAAGAAAACCAGAAGGAGAGGAGAGAGAGCAGCUUGGAGAAACAGCUGCCAGGUAAGGGCUGCAGGGAGGAGAGCAUACUUUCUGGUCUCAAAGAUUCAGAUCCGCAGUCCUCAAAGGUGAAGAAAAGUGAAGACCACGAAGAAGAGGAAGGAAAAAAACAGAAGAAGAAGAGAGAGAGGAGUGUAGAUGACCAUCUGCAGGUUGAGUGCUACAGGGAGAAGAAACAGAGAAGGCAGGAGACUGAUGAAGGAGAAGCUGGACCUGUGAGUGCAGAAGCUCAACCUUCAAGGCUAAACCCGCUCAGUAUCUCCAGUUACAACUUCUACUCUAAGUUGGGAGCAGGAGGAUAUGGCAAAGUAAUGCUGGCUUCGUUAGGAGACAGGAGGCCAUAUGUGGCUGUAAAAUCUGUCGGCAAACCAGAGCUCCCAGAUUACAGCUGCCUUCUCUCUGAGUCUCAAGUGCUGAACAUCGGCAGACACAGCCCAUUUCUUUGCCAAGGCUUUGCCGCUUUUCAAACCCAGUGGCAUGCCUUCUUUGUAAUGGAGUACCUGAGUGGGGGAAGCCUUGAGGAUGAGCUGAUGCGACACGGGACGCUGCCCAUAGAGAGAGUACGGUUCCACUCUGCGGAGAUGAUUUGCGGCCUACAAUACCUGCACGGCCUCGGGAUUAUCCAUCGAGACAUCAAACCCAUGAAUGUUCUAUUGGACCAUCAAGGACACGUUAAAAUCUGUGACUUUGGCCUGGCAAAGCAAAGCAUCUUUGAUGGUGACCUAACAACUGGCCGGGCCGGAACCAUAGAAUACAUGGCGCCAGAGAUGCUGAACAGAAAAACAUACAAUGCAGCAGUAGACUGGUGGUCAUUUGGCAUCACCAUCUGCAAAAUAACCACUGGAAUGUCACCGUUUCACAACAGCGGGAACAUGGAUCAGCUCAUUUGUUCCAUCAAAAACCAUGAACCCAAUAUACCCGACUGGCUGGAUGAAGAUCUAAAACAUCUUCUGGGGCAGCUACUAGAAAAGAAUCGGAAGCAACGCCUUGGUGUUCGAGGAAACAUCAGAUGCCACCCAUUCUACAAAGCUAUUGAUUGGGCGGCGCUGGAAGAGGAAGGAUUGCAACCCCCUUACCAGCCGAGAACACCAUCACCAGACCUAUUCCAGCCGUGUAAAGAGAAGCUGUCAUUCCUGGAGUACAAGGAGGAUGAAGGAACAUCAGGGGGCAGUGACACCAUUGCCGGCUUCUCAUUUCAAAGUUCCACCUGGCUGACGUAAGUAUGUGUAGGAGUUUAAUCCAGCCAAUAAAAACAAUUUACUAUUCCAUCAGCACAGGUUUUAUGGGACAGUGGACAUAAUUGUGGGCUGCAAGAACUUUUCCGCUUGCUGCAUGAAGGCCAGAUCAUCUCUUGCGAUUCCUGCUUCAACCAUCGGCUCCACCUUCACCUGGGAUUCCAUCUUCCAGGGUAUGAGACUGCUGGGUAACAUCAGGCCUAGAAUUAUGAGGGGCAGUCACUCAUUUGGCACAUCACACGUAAGUAUAGGUGGGUAUCUUUAUGUGAGUGAACGUGAGAUAUGAAAGGAUAAGGGUGUAACAGAAGGCAAAGCAGAGUCUAAGAUCACAGCCUGCUUUGUCUUCCUGCACAUCAUGUCUAUGGAACCAAUACCCUGUUAGUUAUUUAUAUAGUUCUAAAGUUCUCAUAGUUGGGUAGAAAUCCAGAUCAAGGGUUUUUUUCCAUCUGA